UCCGCCGGAGCGCGGCGCGGGCGGAGGCCGGGCCGAUGGGCAGCCCCUGGCAGCGGCUGGCGGCGAGGCAGCGGCCCCGAGACGCGCCGCCGCGCGCUCGCGGGCUAUAGCGGGUCCCGGCGGACUGCGUCUCCGAGGUUCUGGCUCCUGGCUGAGUGACCGGAGCUGCUCCUCUCCCCUGAGGUAGAGGAAAUCAUGGCCAGAUGUCUUAAGAAAUGCUCUUGAAAAGGACAGAAGUAUACAAAAUUAUUUCAACAACUGAGGAGCUAGUUGGUUUUAAACCAGGCUGUGAAGAUGUUGUUUGCUUUUGGUUAAAAAGAGAAAUUACAACUAUAGAAAAAGGCUUUAUAUCUGCAUUUAAUAUUACAUUGUAAAUAACAAUGUAAUUAGAUUUAUGUCAGUCUUCCUGGUGAAACCUGGAGCUUCUUGCCUCAGUGGACAUGAGUGACCCGAGGCAGGCACAGGAAGAGAAGCACAAGCUUGGCAGAGCAUCUUCAAAGUUCACAGAACCUCCCAGAGCCAUGCAGUCCGAUGAUUAUUUUGCUCGAAAAUUUAAAGCCAUUAAUGGCAACAUGGGACCUGCCAUGUCUUUAAAAGCCUCAAGUUCCAGUGACAGUGGUGGUCCAGCUAAUGGUGCCCCAGCUGUGCCCAAGAUGGGUGUGCGAGCAAGAGUGUCUGAAUGGCCUCCUAAGAAGGACUGCCCCAAGGAGCUAGCCUGUAAGGCGCCAUGGGAAAGCCGGCCACAGGCCAGUUACGGAAGUGUCGCAUCCGUCACACACAAUGGGCAAAAUGACCAAAGUGAUGGCCAGCAAGAGGAGCAGCUUGACCUCGACUUUGUGGAGGCGAAGUAUACAGUUGGAGACAUCUUUGUUCACUCUCCUCAAAGAGGACUGCACCCCAUAAGACAGAGAAGCAAUAGUGAUGUCACCAUCAGUGACAUUGAUGUCGAAGAUGUUUUAGACCAAAAUGCAGUGAACCCCAAUACUGGGGCUGCCCUCCACCGAGAGUAUGGGAGCACAUCUUCCAUUGACCGGCAAGGCUUGUCUGGUGAAAACUUCUUUGCUAUGCUCAGAGGGUAUCGAGUAGAGAAUUAUGACCACAAAGCUAUGCCCCCAUUUGGGUUCUCUGAGUUUCUCCCUUGCGAUCCCACCAUCUCUCCCAGCCUUCAUGCCGCAGCACAGAUUUCCAGAGGAGAAUUUGUCCGCAUCUCAGGAUUAGACUACAUGGACAGUGCUCUCCUCAUGGGGAGAGGCAGGGAUAAGCCUUUCAAACGGAGGGUAAAGUCAGAGUCAGUGGAAACAUCCCUCUUCCGAAAGCUGCGAACUGUUAAAAGUGAACAUGAAACUUUCAGGUUCACCUCUGACCUGGAGGACAGUCGUCUUGAGAGGGGUGUGCGCCCUUGGAAUUGCCAACGAUGUUUCGCACAUUAUGAUGUCCAGAGUGUUCUGUUCAAUAUCAACGAAGCCAUGGCUAGCAGGGCUAAUGUGGGAAGAAGGAAAAACAUGACCACCGGGGCUUCGGCUGCCUCCCAGACGCAGGUGCCACCAGGCCAGACAGGCAGCUGUGAGUCCCCUUUGGGCAGCAAGGAGGAUCUCAACUCCAAGGAGAACCUGGAUGCCGAUGAGGGGGAUGGGAAGAGCAAUGACCUGGUGCUCAGUUGUCCUUACUUCAGAAAUGAGACGGGUGGGGAGGGGGACCGGAGGAUUGCCCUCUCCAGGGCCAACUCGUCCUCCUUCAGCCCUGGGGAAAGCUGCUCCUUCGAGUCAUCUCUCAGCUCUCACUGCACCAAUGCAGGCGUCUCCGUGUUGGAGGUGCCGAGGGAGAACCAGCCGAUCCACAGGGAGAAGGUGAAGCGCUACAUCAUAGAGCACGUUGACCUGGGGGCCUACUAUUACCGCAGGUUCUUCUAUGGGAAAGAGCACCAGAACUACUUUGGAAUAGAUGAAAACCUUGGCCCUGUGGCAGUCAGCAUCCGGAGGGAGAAGGUAGAAGAUGCCAAGGAGAGAGAAGGGUCCCAGUUCAACUACCGGGUGGCUUUCAGGACGAGUGAGCUCACCACACUGAGAGGAGCAAUUUUAGAGGAUGCUGUGCCCUCUACUGCUAGGCAUGGCACUGCGCGAGGACUACCUCUCAAAGAAGUUCUGGAAUAUGUCAUCCCAGAGCUGAGCAUUCAGUGCCUGAGACAAGCUUCGAACUCACCCAGGGUCUCGGAGCAGUUGCUCAAGCUUGAUGAACAAGGGCUGAGCUUUCAGCACAAGAUCGGGAUCCUUUAUUGCAAAGCAGGCCAGAGCACAGAGGAAGAGAUGUAUAACAAUGAGACAGCAGGACCAGCUUUUGAAGAAUUCCUUGAUCUUCUGGGCCAGCGAGUACGGCUGAAAGGAUUUACCAAAUAUCGAGCUCAGCUAGACAAUAAAACGGAUUCCACAGGAACUCACUCCCUAUACACCACGUACAAGGACUACGAGCUCAUGUUCCAUGUCUCCACCAUGCUUCCCCACAUGCCCAACAACAGACAGCAGCUUCUGAGGAAAAGGCAUAUAGGAAAUGACAUCGUGACCAUUGUGUUCCAAGAGCCCGGAGCACAUCCUUUCACUCCGAAGAGCGUCCGGUCCCACUUUCAGCAUGUCUUCGUCAUAGUCAAAGUGCACAGCCCAUGUACCGAAAGUGUGUGCUAUAGUGUUGGUGUAUCUAGAUCGAAAGAUGUGCCUCCAUUUGGCCCACCAAUUCCCAAAGGCGUAACUUUUCCAAAGUCAGCAGUAUUUCGGGACUUCCUUUUAGCCAAAGUAAUCAAUGCAGAAAAUGCAGCCCAUAAAUCGGAGAAGUUUCGAGCAAUGGCCACUCGAACGCGGCAAGAGUACUUGAAGGAUCUGGCAGAGAACUUUGUCACGGCCGCUACCGUGGAUACCUCCGUGAGAUUCAGCUUCAUCACGCUGGGUGCCAGGAAGAAGGAGAAAGUAAAGCCAAGGAAGGAUGCCCACCUGUUCAGUGUUGGCGCGGUCAUGUGGCACGUCAUAGCACGGGACUUUGGCCAGUCUGCUGACAUUGAAUGUCUGCUUGGGAUUUCCAACGAGUUCAUAAUGCUGAUUGAAAAGGUUUCCAAGAACGUCGUGUUUAACUGUUCCUGCAGGGAUGUCAUUGGGUGGACAUCUGGAUUAAUGAGUAUCAAAGUGUUUUAUGAAAGAGGAGAAUGUAUUCUUCUGUCCAAUGUGGAUAACUGCACUGAAGAUGUCAGGGAAAUCGUUCAGCGACUAGGAAUAGUGACGAGAGGCUGCGAGACUGUGGAAAUGACCCUAAGGAGGAAUGGGCUGGGCCAGCUUGGCUUCCAUGUGAAUUUUGAAGGAAUCGUUGCUGACGUGGAACCUUUCGGCUUUGCAUGGAAGGCUGGCCUUCGCCAAGGGAGUCGCCUCGUGGAGAUCUGCAAAGUGGCCGUGGCCACACUGACUCAUGAGCAGAUGAUCGACCUACUGCGGACCUCCGUGACGGUGAAGGUGGUCAUCAUCCAGCCCCAUAAUGAUGGCUCCCCCCGGAGAGGGUGUUCAGAACUCUGCCGGAUCCCCAUGGUGGAAUACAAACUUGACAGUGAAGGCACCCCGUGUGAGUACAAAACCCCCUUCCGGAGGAACACCACAUGGCACCGCGUGCCCACCCCUGCCCUGCAGCCCCUGUCCAGGGCCUCCCCUGUGCCCAGCACGCCUGACCGACUGCAGUGCCAGCAGCUGCUCCAGCAGGCCCAGGCUGCCAUCCCUCGCAGCACCUCCUUUGACCGGAAGCUGCCUGAUGGCACGAGGCCAGGUCCAGAUGCUGAUGCUCGGCAGACACCUCAGUGCCCUGUUAAUGAUUCUAGUCAACAUUUCAGAAGUUCGCCCAGCAACCAGUCAUCGUCCAGUGACCCUGGGCCCGGUGGAAGUGGACCAUGGAGACCACAAGUGGGAUACGACGGGUGCCAGUCUCCUCUGCUGCUUGAGCACCAGGGUGCAGGCCCUCUAGAGUGUGAUGGAGCCCGGGAGCAUGAGGACCCCAUGGAAGGAGGCAGGCACCCAGAAACCAAAUGGCAUGGCCCACCUUCCAAAAUCCUGAGUUCGUAUAAAGAGCGAGCCCUGCAGAAGGAUGGAAAUUGCAAAGAUUCCCCCAACAAGCUUUCUCAUAUUGGAGAUAAAAGCUGCUCCAGUCACUCCAGCAGCAAUACACUGUCCAGUAACACCUCCAGCAACAGUGAUGACAAGCACUAUGGGUCUGGGGACCUGAUGGACCCUGAAUUGCUGGGGCUGACCUACAUCAAAGGUGCAUCCACUGACAGUGGCAUCGACACCACCCCAUGCAUACCCACCGCAGUCCUCGGCCCCGCACACCUGACAGGCAGCAGAUCCAUGGUCCAUAGCCAAGCAGAACAGUGGGCUGACACUGCCGACAUCUCAGGGCCUGAGGAGGAGCAAGUGAAGAUGUACACAGUCCAUAGCUAUGCACCCACCAUCUCUGCUGGCACCACUGCAGACGGCAGCCUGGGCGACCUCAGUGAGAUCUCUUCUCAUUCCAGCGGCUCACACCACUCAGGAAGCUCUUCAGCUCACUGUUCCAAAAACAGUGGGUCUCUGGAUACAUCCAAAGUCUACAUCGUGUCUCACAGCAGCGGGCAACAGAUCCCUGGGUCCAUGUCCAAGCCCUACCACAGACAAGGGGCAGUGAACAAAUAUGUCAUUGGCUGGAAGAAAUCAGAAGGCAGCCCGCCACCUGAGGAGCCCGAAGUGACUGAUUGUCAGGGGCUGUAUGACGAGAUGGAUCUCAUCUCCACAGCAUCUCAGCAUCAGACAGUGGUGGGAGAUGCUGCUUCAGAAACUCCACAUGUUCUGUCAAAAGAAGACUUUCUGAAAUUGAUGCUUCCUGACAGCCCCUUAGGGGAGGAGGGGAUAAGGAAGUUCUCCUUCUACGGGAACCUGUCUCCACGACGCUCGCUGUACCGUACGCUCUCUGAUGAGAGCAUAUGCAGCAAUCGCAGGGGGUCCUCCUUUGGCAGUUCCCGCAGUUCCGUCCUUGACCAAGCCCUGCCCAACGACAUUCUGUUCAGCACCACACCGCCCUACCACAGCACGCUGCCGCCCCGCACCCACCCCACGCCCAGCAUGGGCAGCCUGAGAAAUGAGUUCUGGUUCUCCGAUGGGUCCUUAUCGGAUAAGUCCAAGUGUGCAGACCCCGGUCUGAUGCCCCUCCCGGACACGGCCACAGGGUUGGACUGGUCCCACCUCGUGGACGCUGCUCGGGCCUUUGAAGGUCUUGACUCAGAUGAAGAACUUGGGCUGCUCUGUCACCACACGUCCUAUCUAGACCAGAGAGUGGCGUCCUUCUGCACCCUGACAGAUAUGCAGCACACGCAGGACUUGGAAGGGGUCCACGAGCUGCCUUUAUGUGUAGAUCCAAGCGGUGGCAAAGAUUUCAUGGACACACCUGGGGAGAGGUCUCCAUCAACCCUGACUGGUAAAGUCAAUCAGCUGGAAUUGAUUCUUCGGCAGCUACAGACUGACCUUCGGAAGGAAAAGCAGGACAAGGCGGUGCUCCAGGCCGAAGUCCGGCAUCUGCGACAGGACAACAUGCGCCUGCAGGAGGAAUCCCAGACGGCCGCGGCCCAGCUGCGCAGAUUCACAGAGUGGUUUUUCAACACCGUUGACAAGAAGUCUUAGCCGGUCCACACCCCUCCCAGGGACCUCUGGGAAAUGCCUAGAGUCCCUUCGAAGCCACAAAUGUGUGGUUUGUAAGUGUGCUUUCUGCCAAUCAUAGAUGUGUUUGCUAUUCGCUCUGUCUAGCGCCACUCACCCCAGCAGGACAGGGAGCCGCGACGUUGCCUGGCAGCCAUCGCGAGAGAGUAGAGUGCAGCACCAAGGUGAAGAUGAACGUUACUCCCGCCGUCGACAUGAAUGUAAACCCUGGUGUCCGCGUAGAUUUCCUUUAGAUGCUACGGAAGUGGUGCUCUGGCAUGGGCUUACCUCAGAGGGAAGGUAGUUGAGUUCAGUUUUCUAUGUAUCAGGUGAUCUGGUAGACACGUUAAAGCAAUUUACUAUAGUUUGGGCUUUAGUAUUGUAAAAUAAACACAAAUACAAAUAAUCAGACAUAUACUUUAAUGUUAAAGGUGCUCUAUUUUUUGGAUGUACAGUAGUUUUAUUUCCACAGCCACAUGAUCAUAGCAAUAAGAAAGAGGCACAGUAAAUAGUCAUGAAAGCCGUGUCGCUGGGGAAAGGAAAGCACUGAUGUGUUUAAUGCUAGUUUGAAUGCAGUUAAUUUAGAGGCUUAUUUAUUUGCAGGAGCAAACGGUGCCUGAAUAUUAACAGUGUUCUGAUUUUAAAAAAAGAUGCGUAUGCCUUGUAAAUGGCUCACUAAGUAGUCACUUCAACUCUUAGCUCACUUUUGUAUAGUUAAUGCUCUGCUGAAGGAAAGAGUAAAUCUGCUUACUUACUAGAACUCCAUACGCUGUGAACCAGCAGAAUCACUUGUACAAUGCCAAAUGUGUUUAUCUUUGUACAGAAGCUUUGAUGAAGUGUCUUGUAUUUAACACCCUUAUUUAAGCUUAUUUAACCAUUAAAUUGUUAAUUUUAUAAACUUUGGUUGUACCUGCACUAUUAUGAGGGUGGUGUAGGUAAGCAGCAAGCUCAGGAGAGACUGAGCUUGCCCCAAAUAGAGUGAGGAAGGAGUACGGCGGGAAAUUCUAACAACUGGAUGCUGCUAGAAACAAGUUGUUUGUAUUGCUUUACCAUUUUUAAUUGUUCUAUUUGAGAUGAACAUACAUUUUGCUUUUUUAAUAAAUGUUUAAAAGAGUCCA